AUGAAUCCGAACAGUCCGAAUGCUGAGAUACCUUCUGAAUGCGUACUUCUUUCAACUUUGGAUUAUGUUUUGUUUGAUACUAGUCCAUCGAUCUACCGUAGUCUGAAGGGUGAAAAAUAUAUCUGCAAAUCAGAUGCCUAUGUGAUACUUCAAAAGCUAACACUAGAAGUUUAUCAAUUUGAAAAACCCAAAAUCUUUCGCUCCCUUCUGGCAAUUUUCUUACGAUCUCAGGAGCUGAAGAAUCUCGAUAAAUGUGAAUUUGUGAUAUAUAACCCGAAAGUUUUCGAUUCGAUUAAAAAAGAAAUACAAGAUGAUAUCAAAACUUUUGGGACCGAUGUAAGACUUCCAAUGAUGACCGAAAUUAUGAAACUCGAGUUUCCCAGGCUUCUUUUGAAGUUCAAAAACUCGAUAAAAAUCGAUUGGCAAGAUUCAGAGUCCGAAAUUUUCGAGAUUAACCUUCGAAGUUAUCUUUUGGAAUUCCACAUGAUCCCUAAUUUCGCAUAUCUUCUCACUAUUUUGUACUGCACUACAGAGAGGAUAGUGAAUUUGCUGCAAAGAAUAAUCAAUUGUCGCUUGGAGAUUUUCUCGGCGGGUGGCCCAAAGCCUACACUCAAAAAGUUCGUUCACAGCCAGAAAGGAUGUCACAGAGUUUAUGGUAGGAAAUGUGAGCAGUGUGAUGCUGAAAAUUCAAAAACUCAAAAAGAUCAAAAGCUGGCGAUUCUGGAAAAAGAGUUAGCCGAUUUGAAGAUCUCUCAUCUGAAAAUGCUCGAAGAAGAUCAGGAAAAAUCGCUGGAAAUUGGAGAAUUACAGCAGAAAAAUUUUAAAUUAUCUGUCAAGAAUGAGACGGAUGACGUGCAGAUGAAGCAGUUGACCGAUAAAUUGGCAAAAUCCGAAUUAUCGGUUGACUACGGUACUGUCGGCACAUCCAAAAUUUCUCCACAGAAAAUCCGAUGUCUCAUCUGCGAAAAAUCAAUUGAAUCUGGAGAAGAUCAAAUUAUCAGAUGCCAUUGUGUACCUAGAAUCCGGAAGAUUCCAUUCGAAGUGUGCAAUCACUUUGCUCAAAGAGCACAAAGACUGUCCGGCUUGCAAUGGAGACAUCCCGAAGUUCUGAAACCUAGAAUCCGAAUUGUUUCGUUUUGUUACAAACUGUUUAAAAUGUGUUGUUAA